AUGACUAACCUAAGUUCCUUAUGCUACAAAUUACCAACGGGUGUCGUAUUUGUACAGUUUCGAUACCUCGAAAUCUCGGCAAUCGAUCAAUCGAUCUUCAAGUAUUUCAACUCGGUUGAGAGUGUACAAAUUGUGGAAUCACGACCUUUACUUAAAGUUAUUGUGCCCGGCAACUUUACCAUCAAGCAGCUAACCAUUCUAAAGACGCAGCUGAUAUGGAUACACUUCCAAGCAAAUGACUUCAUUACGGGUGUGUCGAUAAUAUUUAGCAACUUACAGGAGGUACCACCAUCACUGAAGAAUCUGAAGAAUGUGGAAGAGAUAAAACUACAACAUUCCUCUAUUCAGCAUCUGAACUUGGAUCUAUUGCAGUGGUGCCGCAUGUUAGAUUCGUUGGAUCUUUCAUACAACAACAUACACACGAUCACGAGCACUCUCAAUAGUGGCCAACGGAAAAACUUAUUCUUGCUCAAUCUGAGCUAUAAUCAACUUAAAACUCUAAAUCUCGAGGUACUUACACCUCUUGGAUGGUUUAAGUAUCUUGAUUUAUCACAGAACAAAAUAGAAUUGUUGGUUGGACGAUUUUCCAGCGAUCAUCUGUACAGUAUCACACUUUCCAAAAAUCGUCUGAAGACGCUUGACUUUUGUCAAUGGUUGCCGAUGCCAAGCCUGCAGCUUUUAUCCCUUGAUACGAACGAGCUUUUGCGUGUCCCGAAUUGUAUGCAUCAUCUAAGACACCUUACCUAUAUUACGGCCAACAACAAUAAGCUGACGAGCAUAGAUAUGGACGCGUUUGGGGACAUGGACAAUUUAACGAUAUUAGAUUUAUCGGCAAAUCAAAUUUCAUUUAUUAUCUUUCGGGAAGAGAAAUAUCCCAAACGACUUGAGCGGCUGAAUUUAAGCAAAAAUAAAAUACGAUGUAACGAUCCUAAGGAUCUACCAUUUUGCCCACUAGACAUUGAGUUCCAAUCAAACCAUUCCGAGAGUGAUCUUAUAAACUUUGAAACCUCAACAUUCGAUCGUGCCACGAUCAAACACUUACCGCCCACUUUGGACGAGUUGGAAAUUAUCAACUCUAAAAGCCUGCAACGUUUCGUUUUGCCAAGCAAUUUAACCAUCAGAAGGAUCGCCUUAAUAAAAACACAGCUAAGCAAGAUCGAAUUGCAAUGCAACGAUGUCAUCCUUCAGCUGUUCAUCGUCGGUAGCAAACUGCAAAAGAUACCAGUCUCUCUUAGGAAUCUGAAAAAUUUGCUAAAUUUCAAACUGCAACAAUCCUACAUUCAUCACCUAAACCUGGACUUGCUGCAAUGGUUCAAUCAACUCGAUUCGUUAGAACUGAUGCAGAACCGAAUACAGACAAUCACGAGCACCUUGAACCAUAGGCAACAACGAAAAUUUGAUAUGUUAAACCUGAGCAAUAACCAGCUUAGAAUCAUCAAUCUCGAGAUAGCUUCACCUAUUGGAUGGUUUAAGAAUGUUAAUUUAUCAUACAAUAAGCUAGAAUUGCUGGUUGGACGAUUUUCUGGCGGCCACUUGCAGAACCUUAUGCUAUCUCACAAUCGUCUGAAAACGCUCGACUUUUGCCAAUGGGAGCUGAUGCCAAGCCUUGAAACGAUAGCCCUCGAUUCGAACCAGCUGUUGCGUUUGCCGAACUGUAUGCAUCAGCUGCCAGGUAUCUAUAAUAUCUGCUUUAGUAAAAAUAACCUAACAAGCGUAAAUAUGGACGCGUUUAGCGAUAUGGAGGAUCUACUAGAUUUGGAUUUAUCGUCAAAUCAUAUUUCAUUGAUUACAUUUCGAGAGGAAAAAUAUCCCAAACGGCUUGUGGAACUGAUUUUAAGCAAUAACAAAAUCGAAUGCAAUAAUCCGGGCGAUUUACCGUUCUGCCCGUUGGACAUUGAAUUUUUACCAAGUUCCCCGAACAGCGCUUGGAGUCGUAACAAUAACUCCUUACAGAGGCAAUUGACAAUCACUACUGCAUGA